UAUCUACUAGUCACAUUGCACAGACCUGUGCUACAGCACAACAUACAUAGUCUCAGGAGGAUAUCAGGCCCCAAUAUUGACAACACAGAUUAAGGUGUAUGUUCACCGAUUUUACGCACUUAUAUCUCUUAUCCGGGAAUUGGCUGUUGGCGGAAAUGUUCCGGGUGCGGAAUUCGCUCGGCUGUAGUAACAACAGAUGCAUCAAUUCCGCGAUGAAUAUCACAUCGUUCUAUGCUAUACCCGAAAUACUUCCUCUAUGUAGAAAACGUGGGGUAGAUUCGAGCUCAUAGACCCUACUUACCUAUGUCUAACAGAACGGAAAAUUCCUCCUUUACGGCAUGCGAGGACUUUCUACAUUUAAGGCCUCAUGGACGUGUGACAUCUCCCCGACUAACUACGACAAUAGAAGCAAAAUUCAGAUAGUCCAGCAUGGCCAUAGCAGCAACUCUGUCCUCCAUACAGCAAAGCCUUAUUCAUACCCCUCUACAGUCAAUAUCUAUAGCAGCCCUUUUCACCGCUUGCCUUUACGUCGUUGUCAAUGAAUUCAUCCGUGCUUCCUCUCGUGUUCCAGGAUUCAAGGGGCCUCGUGGUCUACCUUUAAUUGGGAACAUCGCCCAAAUUCGCAAGAACGCCGCUGAACAGUAUCGCAUGUGGUCCAAGACCUACGGACCCGUUUAUCAAAUUCAGUUGGGGAAUAUUCCGGUAAUUGUUGUGAACUCUGCCGUCUCUGCAAAGGCAAUCUUUGGGCAGAAUGCACAGGCCCUAAGUUCAAGGCCUGAGUUUUACACCUUCCAUAAGAUCGUGUCCAACACUGCUGGCACAACCAUCGGGACUUCCCCGUACAGUGAUUCGCUGAAAAGACGUAGGAAGGGUGCCGCCUCAGCCCUUAAUCGACCCUCUGUGGAUUCCUAUGUCUCGCAUCUGGAUGCAGAGUCCAAAGCAUUCGUGGUGGAACUUCUUAAGUACGGAGAGGGUGGGAACGUACCGGUGGAUCCCAUGGCGAUGAUCCAACGCCUCAGUCUGAGUUUGGCUUUGACACUCAACUGGGGUGUGCGUGUGGUCUCACAGGAAGAGGACUUGUUCAACGAAAUCACUCACGUGGAGGAGGAAAUAAGCAAAUUCAGGAGCACCACAAGCAACCUGCAAGAUUAUAUACCUCUCUUGCGGCUGAACCCUUUCAAUACUAACUCGAAGAAAGCCAAGGAGAUGAGAGAUCGUCGAGAUAAAUACCUUAAUGGACUCAACCGUGAUCUAGACGACCGUAUGGAGAAAGGAACCCAUAAACCCUGUAUCCAAGCCAAUGUCAUCCUUGAUCAGGAAGCGAAAUUGAACUCAGAAGAACUUACCUCUAUCAGCUUGACUAUGCUUUCAGGAGGGCUUGAUACGGUUACUACGCUUGUGGCUUGGAGUAUCGGUCUCCUUGCCAAACGCCCAGACAUUCAAGACAAAGCCGCAGAAGCGAUUCUGAAUAUGUAUGGCCCUAACCAACCAAUGUGCGAUGCUGCGGAUGACCAGAAAUGCGCAUAUGUUGCUGCGCUGGUAAGAGAGUGUCUAAGGUACUUUACGGUCCUUCGUCUGGCUCUCCCUCGGACAUCGAUCAGAGAUAUUACCUACGAUGGCAGUACAAUUCCUAAGGGAACGGUUUUCUUUCUAAAUUCAUGGGCUUGUAAUAUGGAUCCCGAUACCUGGAGCGACCCUGAGGAGUUUAGGCCAGAGAGAUGGCUUGAACAACCCGAUGCACCUUUGUUCACCUACGGGCUAGGUUACCGCAUGUGUGCAGGCUCACUCCUUGCUAACCGUGAACUAUAUUUAAUCUUCAUGCGCACCAUUAACAGCUUCAGGAUUGAACCAUAUGACGACAUCGACUGGCACCCAGUCCAUGGCAAUUCAGAUCCCACAAGCUUAGUGGCAAUCCCGAAGAAGUAUAAGGUCAGGUUUAUUCCUAGGGACAAUAAAGUGCUUGAGAAUGUUCUUGCCUCGGCGUCCCCAAUGAAGCAUGUUAUAUGAGCGUGGUCUUUGCGGAACGGAUGUUUUAUGCUGAUGUAGAUCUUCCGUGGAGAUGGAAAACAAGUUGCGUCUUUGUCCCUUUCCUCUCUUUUAUUUUAUAUUCCGCCUGUUCAUCCAAUUUCGAGCAUAUUAUAAACCAUCAUUGAUAUUUUACUGUGCGUAACAACAGAAGCAGUUCUGCUUUCCCCCUUUAUUUCACAUGAUAAUCAAAGGCACCAGUCCUAUGUUAUAAUAAUUGUUGAAGACUUGCAAUCAGCCUUGUAAUCCUUAUUUAACAGCUAUUGGAUAAUUAUGUUUACAUUGCGAA